GCAGCCGUAUCUUUGCGCCGCGCAGCACAAGGAUUCAGUAACCUGGAUAAGCAGAAGCCAGAUCCACACAUCCAUCCAUCAUCGCUAUGGGAAUUAUACCGUUCUUCUUCCAAAACGAAGCUCUCAUCCCCUACUACUUGAAACCGGUGCACUCCGCGGCACAGACUAUAAAAAGCCGUCAGUGGACGAUAUUUGUACACUAAUAGGAGAUGCGGAGAUGGCGAUGCUCCACCUAUGAAGCCCAAAAGAAACAGAUUUGGGCAUUUAUAAAGGAGACUGUAUCCUAUAGGACAACGGCUGGGAAAAUGUCAAUGACUUUGUCACUGGUGCUGCUGUGCUUUGUGGUCGGUGGCGUCUUAACCCACGUGCUGACCCCCAGCCCGACCACAGAGAAGCCCUUGUCUCCGCGAAACUACCACCACAUCGACCCCACCACAAGAAAAAUGCUAGUGUGCGACAAAUGUCCUGCAGGCACCUACGUGUCCUCUCACUGCACAGAGACCAGCGUGCGGGAGUGCAGCCCCUGUCCGGAGGGCAACUUUACCCGGGGUGAGAACGGCGUGCAGCAGUGUCACCAUUGUCGGAGCCGUUGCCAAGCACCUUUUAUCGAAAAGACCCCCUGUACAUCCAUCACCGAUCGGCAGUGCACCUGCCCGCCUGGCACCUUUUUCCAUGGUGUAAAGUGCAAGCAGCACACGGCGUGUCCGCCAGGGUCGGGCGUCAAAAAACGCGGAAGCGAAACGGAGGACGUGCUUUGCAAGCCGUGUCAGCGCGGCACCUUUUCUGACGUGCCGUCGGUCAUUCUGAAGUGCCGAGCUCACUCGGACUGCCAGUCUCUGGGUUUGAUGCUGCUGUUCAAGGGUACGAAGAAGAUGGAUAAUGUGUGUGGCCCGACUACAGCAAGUUCUAACUCGGUCGGAGAGGACGUUGCAACCACAGUUUCCAACAAAAGUACUGCAAUCUUACCAGCUGUGGGGAUCGAUGAUGUAGCAGGGCUACCGCUCAAUACCACAGAGACUCCCGUCGCCAACAUUCCCGCAACCACGGCAUCCUCUGAGGACACCGGAAAGGAAAAGCGUCAACAAAUCUCCACCACUCAGGAGCUUCCCGGAUUGCUCCACAAGAUCUCCGUGUCACGAAAUCACCAGCCGGCAAUAGACACUGUUGACGAGGGCAAGGCCCAGGGACUGGGAUUCCGACCUACCCGCAAGGGUGCGCCGAAACCGAGCAUGCACAAGCACUUUGACAUUAAUGAGCACCUGCCCUGGAUGAUAGUCCUGCUGCUUUUGCUGGUCUUGGUGGUCAUCGUGGUUUGCAGCGUGAAACGUAGCUCGCGGGUGCUGAAGAAGGGUCCCAGACAGGAUCCCAGUAGCAUCAUGGAGAAAGCCAUCCAAAAGAAGCCCGCUUCUCCUGCCCACACCAAAGAGAGGUGGAUUUACUACUCAAACGGACAGGGUGUUGACAUCCUGAAGCUGGUAGCAGCACAGAUUGGCAGUCAGUGGAUUGAUAUGUACAAAUCCCUGGCCAGCGCCACAGAGCACGAGGUGGCUGCCUUUUCAAACGGCUACUCGGCUGAUCACGAGAGGGCGUACGCUACUCUUCAGCACUGGACCAUACGAGACAGCGAUGCCAACCUGGCCAAGUUGAUCAAUGCCCUCCACCACCAACGCCGCAUUGAUGUGGUGGACAAGAUACGUAGUGUAAUGGAAGACAAUCCUCAGGUCGACCUGAACAAGCUAAUGACGGCUGUGAAUGUUACCCCAUGCCCGAGUCCCAACCAUAAGCCUUUAGAGUCACCGGGCAUUGUGGUGGAGCAGUCGCCCAUGGAGCGAACCAAGGGAUUCUUUCCCGACGAAUCAGAGCCGCUGCUGCGAUGUGACUCCACUUCCAGCAAGGACUCUGCCCUCAGCCGGACAGGCUCUUUCAUAACCAAAGAAAAAAAGGACACAGUGCUACGGCAGGUGCGUCUGGACCCCUGUGACCUGCAGCCCAUCUUUGAUGACAUGUUGCACAUUCUUAACCCCGAAGAGCUUCACGUCAUUGAGGAAAUCCCCAUGGCAGAGGACAGGCUAGACCGCUUGUUCGAGAUUGCCGGGGUGAAGAGUCAAGAAGCAAGCCAAACUCUGCUCGACUCGGUCUAUAGCCACUUGCCUGACCUCCUUUAGACCCCUGUAUUCAUUUCAUUACUGUCAGCUAAAAAACAAAGGGACGGACAUCUAUAUGUGCACUUACAAUCUUAUGUCUCGUUCAAUUCAACAUGCACGCAGCUAGGGAAUGCUCCAACAGAAGUCUCUUUGCACAUUAAAGUACUCCUUGCAUUUAAACUGGGUUGAUAGUCUUCAUAGUUUGGAGCUUUCUUGUAUGUGUGCUGCUGGACUAUACUGCCCUACAAAGCGAAAGCGCAGUAACUACACAUUUGGUCAAAAUUGAGUUAAGGGUUAAAAUGGGCUUUGUGAGAUCUGUUGUGUCUUGUGACAAAGUCUCCUGGUUAAAUUUUGUCCCAUUUCAGAGAAAUGUGUGUGCCAAAAUUGCAGUAACAUGUUUGACUGGCUGGUGUAAAAAACUUUAAAGUCAUUUUUCUCAGUUUCAGUGUUUGCGUAGAUACUGCACUUAGCCUUUGGAGGGCAGUAUAAACCGCCGGUGUCAAAGCUAUAAUCUCUUUAACAUGUAGCAUAUUAUUGCACACACAUUGGCAUGAUGUCUAACGCAGAAGCUAUGUAAUGUAAUUUAUGAACCGUUUGUUUAAGUCCUUUGAUAUUAUGUUAAAAUAAGUUUUGUAUUACUACUAACAUGUUACCAAAACACCAAGGUAUUUUUUAUGUUUUUUGUACAUUACCACUGUAGCUUUUUAGAUUUUCAUUUGUUAUUGUAAUUUAAUUUGUGUGCUAUGUGAUUUCAAGGGCAUUGAAUGAAAACCAUUCCUGUUGGGUAGUGUACAUUCAUUAUACUCUACUUUAAACAAAGUUAUUCCCCCACGAUCAGCCUCUCUGGAGUGUUACCACUAAAUGCUUUUGAUUUCAAACAGGUUGGAGUACAACCAAAAAAAUACAUUUCAUGACACAAAAUGAAGCAUUUCAGAAUACUGUAGAUGCUUAAACAGAGAGAAUGUCUCUCCUAAACUCUGUGCAAGUGAAUCAAGCCGUUGGUGCUAGAUUGUGGACAGUUUUACCCCAAUAACAGGGUGUGUAUGGCCAUUUGACCUCUGAGCUUGUGGGCCAAAAGUAUAGCUGGUCAUGUGGAUCUUAAAUAAAAGCGUUGGAUGUUCAAAAACACAAGAACAAACAUACGCAGUGACAGAAGUAUGGAAAUUACAGAUAUGUUUUUUCUAAUGGCUGUUUUGAGAUGUAACACAUGUAACCAAGACAUUUAUUGUUGUUUUAAUUAUAAUAUAACCUGAAAAAUCAAUGAGUUUUUGUCAUAAUUUGUGAAGUUGAAGUUGUGCAACAUUCAUGAAUCAUAACCUAACGGACGGCAUGUUUUUUUGGUGUAUUGAUUAUUGUCAGCAAAACCCAGGGUUAAGCGCAGUGUUAAAAGCCCCAGAGACAGGAUCUGCAAAGAGUUUGGCUGAAGAGAGUUAUACUGUUGCUGAAAUGGUGGUGAAAUAUAAGUUCUCAUUCAUAAUAUAGUGGGAUUUUUAGCAUUUCAAAAAUAUAACACAUGUUCCCAACUAGUUCCCUCAGUGAAUCUUGGUCAUUUGGUUACAUUUGUAUUGUAUAUGUAGAUUUCAAUAAAAAGUGUAACCUCUUUCAGGGUA